GACAUUUCUUAAGUUAACCAAACCACAAUCCUGCGCACAUCUGACCGACAUUCAUCUACGAUCCAAUGUCGACACCUCCGUCUCGAUAAAUCUGCGAAAUCUCGCAAAACAACCCUUCUAAGCCACAGCCAUGGCGACCUCACCUCCAGCACCCUUUCCCGCAAGCCUCCCCAACCCAAAAAAGCGAACGUCCAUGAGUUCGCAAGCCUCUAUGCCAGGAGGAUCCAAACGGCCCAAACUCCACCCUCUCAGACAGACCUCGUUCCCGGCUCAAGAUGCAGCACGGCACGGCUCCGCCGUCACAAGCGCACGCUCUGAAACAGGCAGCAUGGCCAACAGCGCGGUCUCAGGCGUAAGCGGCAAGGUUCCCGGUCGAGGGAGAGGAAGACCCAGAAAAUCAGCCCAGCUCAACGCCGACGACAUACGUUCGUCGCAACAACAACAACCGGCGGCAGAUGCCACCAGCCAACUGGAAGGUGGUGGUGGUGCUGGUGGUGCUCGAAGCGCCGGCCGUGGCACCAAGUCAGUCGUUAGUGGCGCUGGCGGUGCCGAGGCCGAAGAAGAGGAAGACGAAGUCGAGAUCGACGGCAUGUUGGAGAACAUGGACGAGCAGGAACGGCGUCAAGCCGAAGAAGAAGAGAUCAGACAAGAACAACGGCGCGAACGGCUCGCGGACACGCUCGACCCGGACCAGUACUCCCGGUAUAACCAGUGGCGCGCCCUCUCCCUCAACAACACUACGGUGAAACGGCUCGUCAACUCGAUCGUGUCACAGUCCGUCACGUCGGCGCCCCUGCAAGCGAUCCGGAUCUACGGCAAGUGGUUUGUCGGCGAGAUUGUCGAGCGAGCGAGAGAAGUCCAAGAAGAAUGGGCCAAGGCGUACGAAGAGACGAGAAAGGCCGAAAAGCAGCGCCGACAAAAAGAGCUCGAGACCCUGGAGGAGAAACACCAACAACAAAGCAACGGCAGCCUCAGCCUCACAGACAUGCAAUCACGAUUGCUCACCAGAGAUAUCGAGAGGCUGAAGCGCGAGGUCAAUGAAUACAUACCGAAUCCGCAUCGUGGAGGCCUGUUGCCGGACCAUCUUCGAGAGGCUGUGCGACGAUACAAAGCUGAUGGUGAAGGUGGCGGCGUCGGUUUCCAAGGAAUGAGCCACGGUUUACUGGGUGUGUCUGGCCCAGCGGCUUGGAGAGUGGGUGAUGGUUCUUCGGGCAAACGACUAUUCAGAUGAGUGUCAUCUUGUGCCAGCUUGGUGCUGGCUUCUGCAACUAGAUGUCUGCUCUUGCGAUGCUCCGGCGCCGGCGUCGGAAUUCUUUAGGCUCGAUGAACCUGCCACGGGACCGCGAAGAUCAGCCAUUGCGCUCCCGUGUGUUGGGAGAGAUGGGAUAUCACGAUGUAAGAGAACGCUUUUCAGAGCAGAUCAUCAGCCUGCUCGACUUGAGAGUCUCGGCAGAGCACAUCAUUACGAGUUAACGUGGUGCUUGAUACUCUUCAUCCUAUGGCCAUGCUGCUAGCAGAGAAUCAAAUAUGACAGACUUGCAAGAGUCAAGAACAAUAUUGUUCAUUGCGUC